CUUUGACAAACCUGUUAAGAUGGAAAAGUUUUUAAAAUACGCAAUUUUCUUCUACAACUUCUUGGGUAUCGAGCCGUAUAGAAAAGACUUCGUACAUCAGAAAGAAAGUCGCAGAGCUUGGAUCAUUCUUUGGGCCAAUGCUAUCAACUUGUUCCUGGUGACUUUGGCAGCAAGUAUUUACUUUCGAAUGGCUUAUAAAGAGGGAGAUAUUGUGGAGGCUGUGACAGUGUCAUCUUAUAUUGGCUUCGUUAUCGUGGGCGCUUGCAAAAUGGCCUUUAUUAUUUUGAAAAAGCCCAAAUUAAGUGAACUAGUAAAACAAUUGGAGGACAUUCAUCCGCAUGGAGCCACUCAGGAGGAUGCCUAUAAAGCAAAAGAUUAUCUCCGCACAUUUUUAAAGAUAAGCUUCAGAUACUCGCUUCUUUAUUCACUGCUCAUCUGGACUUUUAACCUGUACCCCCUAGUGGAGAAUCUUGUUUACGAAAAAUUGCUAAAUUUAAGAGUGGUGGGCAAGAUGUUGCCGUAUUUGCUUUACAUUCCAUGGGAGUGGCAGGACAAUUGGACCUAUUACAUUUUGCUGUUCUCCGAAAGUAUGGCAGGCUGCACAGCGGUGGCUGCACAAAUAUCGACGGAUCUUUUGAUUUGCGCUACAGCAACGUUGAUAGUGAUGCACUUUGAACAUCUUGGGAAUACGCUGAGGAACCAUAAUUUGAGUGGAGACUGGAAGGAGGACUCCAGAUUUUUGGCCCAUAUUGUGUGCUAUCACGAAAAUCUUCUGCGCCUCUUGAGCGACAUAAACGAUCUCUUUGGAAUUCCCAUGCUUUUUAAUUUUAUGGUUUCUUCGGGAUUGAUUUGCUUUGUGGGAUUUCAGAUGACGGUUGGAGUUCCUCCGGACAUGAUUUUCAAACUAUUUCUGUUCCUCUUCUCUUCGACUAGCCAAGUGUAUCUUAUUUGCUAUUAUGGACAGUUGGUGGCCGAUGCGGGCUUUGCCAUAUCUCUGGCUGCUUACAGCCAAGACUGGUAUCAUGCCGAUAUUCGAUAUAAGCGAGGUUUAAUUUUAAUAAUUUGCCGUUCCCAGGAAAUAACCUAUUUAAAAGCCACUAUAUUUUUGACUAUUACCAGAACCACAUUCACCGAGCUCCUGCAGAUGUCAUACAAAUUCUUUACGUUGCUCCGCACUAUGUAUGCCAACUGAAAGGCUUCUAAAAUAUGUUAGACUCACCUAGAUUUUAGUGAAUCCACAAACUCAAAAAUAUGUAGAAAAUAAAUUUUAUUACUGAAGU